GUUUACGGCCAUUUUCUGGAAAUCACCGAAAGUGCACGUGUGGAAAGUUAUAAACAUGGAGGAAGAGAAAGCGAAUUCCUGUAAAAGGAAGUGUGAAGUCUGUGAAGUAACAGAGUCAAAAUACAAAUGCCCUGGCUGCAGUAUGCAGACUUGCAGCUUGCCAUGUGUUAAAAGACAUAAAGUACAAAAUGAAUGUGAUGGGAAAAGAUGCAAAACUGCCUUUGUUGAUAUCAAGGAAUUCUCUGAUCAAAAUCUACUAAGUGACUAUAGGUUUCUAGAAGAUGUUUCCAGGAACACUGAUAGUGCAACAAGAGAUUCAUUAAAAAUGUUCAAGUCACACAACAAGCAUAGAUACAAUUUUCUGAAACAAGCAAGAGCAAGGAAAAUCAAUCUUCACCUGUUGUCUUAUGGAAUGACAAGGCAGAAAGAAAACACAUCAAUGUUCAAUUACAAGAAAAAAUGUUUAGUUUGGCGAGUGAAGCUAAAAUUCAUUCAUGAGGGUCUGGAGCAAACCAUUCUUAGAGUUGACGAAACAACAACAUUAAAGGAUAUUUUGGGGAGAUUCAUUGAUCCUGAAAUGUCAGAUCCACUUAUUAGAUACAAACUGAAAAGUUACAUCAACAGUGGAAUAGAGAAAAUAAGAGUCUAUUUAAAAAAGGAGGGUUCAUUGGACAAUGGGUAUUUUUUACUAGAUCAGUCACAAUCACUGACACAGAUUUUGAAAAAUAAAACUGUUUUUGAGUAUCCAGAAUUUCAUGUUCUUAUUUCAGGAAGAGACGAGGAGUAUUAUAAUGUCAUAUAAGUACUUUAUUUUGAAAAUUCGAUUCGCGCAAUCUUUGGAUGGGUUUAGUAUGCGAAAGAUAUUUUGAUUUACUUGCCAAACGUGCUAAAACAUAGCAUUUUCAUGCAUAAUUAAACGUAGGUUUUUCCUAUCUUUACAAAUAAAUGAAUUAACUUAUAUUUUACCACUCUUAACACAUUUCAUCCGAUAUCUAAAUACUACAAAGUUACGUUCGCUUGACAAAUGUCAUCACCUACAGUGAAUUUCGCAAAAAAUAGCCCAAGGACCAUUAGAAAUUGAGUUGUUUUUAAAUAAACCAAAACAGAGAUAAAAACCUGUGUAUUUUUAUGGUACUAUAUCGGUAUAUCAUAUCAACUUUAUUUAUGCUUGAACCUAAUUUUACUGAAAUUGUAGCAGAGUGUGAGUCUUGAAACAAAUUUGUUAAAAAUAUAUUGUUUUGUAUGAAAUAGAA